AUGGUGGUCAAGCUAGAGCCUUCCUCCAUGCUAUUACUCCCCUUCGCCCAAAACAUAAUGGACGUGCAAAUUUCUGAACAGUUCAUUGCACCGCAAUUCAAAAUGUAUGAUGGGACCACCGAUCCUGAGGCCCACAUCAAAACCUUCUCGAACGCGAUGACGUUCAGAACGGGCAACAACGCCAUCUGGUGCCGGGCGUUCUCGUUAUCUUUGGAAGACGAGGCCCUCGAAUGGUUCAACACUCUGCCUCUCAAUUCCAUAGAAAAUUCCGUCGGACUGAAGCAGCUAUUUAUCCGGCAAUUCGCGGCUAACAGCACACAGGACUUGACCGUGUUUGAGUUGGUCACCCUGAAGCAGGGAAAGGAAGAAACGCUGAGAGCGUUCAUCGACCGGUACCAGAAAACCGUACGGCGAGUGAAGGCAUUAAGUCCGGAGCUCGCCCUCCAUUACAUCCUACCCGCCCUCAAGCCCGGACCAUUCAAAGACAGCGUCUGUCGGCGAGCCCCUAACACUAUGGAGGAGCUGAGGGAACGCGCGACAGACGAGAUAAGGGUUGAGGAGAUGAAGUUAUCCUACAAAAAAGAAAGUCAAGAGCUGAGGAGCGAGAAGGCGGACGGGGGGAAACCCGGUAAUUCGAUCCUUCGGGAGGCGCUCAGCGCGGAUCUGCUCCCGGAACUUGUGAAGCGACCCACACCAUCCGGUACGGAUGGAAGUAAACACUGCGCCUACCACAAUAAUAUGGGUCAUAUCACCGAGGAGUGUGUGACCCUGAAGGACAAAAUUGAAGAGCUGAUCCAAGCGGGAAAGCUAAAGAAGUACGUACGGGACGACCGUCCUCAGGUGCCCGCCGAGAGGGCUGCUAGACGACCAGCGUACAGGUCCGACAGACCUAGGAACGACCGGACCGAACGUCCUCGCUCCGAGCGAAGACGAAGCCGAAGCCGCAGUAGGAGUCGCGAACGUCCACUACUGGGGCACAUCAACACAAUAUCAGGAGGGUUUGUUGGGGGAGGAUCAUCAUCGUCCGCCCGAAAGCACCACAUACGAGCCCUACAGUCCGUGCACUCGGUAGAUAGGCCCCGGCGCACUAUGCCCCCCAUCACGUUCUCGGAUGAAGACUUCCACGCGCCCGACCCCGACCAGGACGACCCGAUGGUGAUAAUGGCCGAGAUCGCCCGCUACGGCGUUAGCAAGGUCUUGGUAGAUCAAGGGAGCUCAGUAAAUAUCCUCUACUAG